AUGAACUCCAGCCACAGCUUCAGCCAGACCCCCUCAGGCUCCCUCUAUGGCACAGGAAGCAGCUGGGGCCAGUCAGGGAGGUUUCCCUGGGCUCCCAGCGUCCACAGUGGCGCAGGGGGUGUCUGCAUCUCGCUUUCCUUCUCCUCGCCCAGAUGUCCACCCACUGGGGGGUCUUGGGGGUCUGGAAGAGGCAGCUCCCUCCUAGGCGGAAAUGGGAAGGCAAUGAUGCAGAACCUCAAUGACCGCCUGGCCUCCUACCUGGACAAGGUGCGUGCCCUGGAGGAGGCCAACGUGAAGCUCGAAAGUUGCAUCCUGAAGUGGCAUCAGCAGAGAGAUCCGGGCAGUGAGCAAGAUUACUCCCAAUAUGAGGAAAACAUCAGCUGCCUGCAGAAGCAGAUAGUAGAUGGCAAGAUGACCAACGCUCAGAUAACCCUUCUCAUUGGCAAUGUCAGGAUAGCAGUGGAUGACUUCAGCCUUAAGUAUGAAAAUGAACACUCCGUCAAGAAAAACUUGGAAAUUGAAGUUGAGAGUCUCCGAAAUAACUUGGAUGAUCUGACCAUUGUGACAACAGACUUGGAACAGGAGGUCGAGGGGAUGAGGGAAGAGCUCAUCCUCAUGAAGAAGCGUCAUGAGCAGGAAAUGGAAGAACAUCAUGUGCCAAAUGACUUCAAGGUCAAUGUGAAGGUGGAUACAACCCCGGGAGAAGAUCUGAUUAAGGUCGUGGAGGAUAUGAGGCAGGAAUAUGAGUUUAUAAUAAAGAAGCAUCAAGACCUGGACAGCCGGUAUAAAGAGCAGUUAGCAGCCAUGACCCAGGAGGUGGCCCGUCCAACAGCUGUGCAGAGCAGCCAAAGUGAUAUCCAUGAGCUGAAGCGCACUUUCCAGGCCCUGGAGAUUGACCUGCAGGCACAGUGCAACAAGAAAUCUGCUUUAGAAAACACGUUAUCAGAGACCCAGUCUCGGUACUCCUGCCAGCUCCAUGACAUACAAAGAAUCAUCUCCCACUACGAGGAGGAACUGAUGCAGCUACGCCAUGAUCUGGAGCGUCUGAGCAACGAAUACAAGGUCCUCCUGGGCAUCAAAACCCACCUAGAGAAGGAAAUCGCCACCUACCGCCAGCUCCUUGAUGGAGAGAAUGGAGGGACAAUGGAAGAAUCUAAGUCGAGUGUGAAAGCAUCUGCAGCUCCAAAGAUCAAGGUCAUCAUACAGGAGAGCAUCAAUGGAAGAAUAAUUCUUUCUCAAGUGAAUGAGAUCUAA